CAACAUAUUCUUGGGUGAGAAUUGGAAAAAAAAAUAGAAAAUCCAGAAGUCUGAGGCAACCUGACUUUCUAUGCAAAAUAAACAGUGUGAAGAAGAGUUCAGAAUCAGAGCUGAAAAUCAUUCAUGUGAUAAUAUUUACACAGUUAUGAAUUUAGAAAAAAGCUGUUUGCUUCUGUUUGAAAAGACUAGACUUGGAUUGAAACUUCUAAAAGUCUUUUCAAAAAUUGGAUUUAAUGCAAAAUACAAAAAAGAUUCAAACUGGUGAUUUUGUUUAAAUUGUUCUCAUUGUCAAAUGCUAAAUAAACAAAAUGUUGAUUAUCUCUAGAUUAAUACAGCAGCUACAGCAAUUAAAAAGUAUUUUUAAUAUGAAGCCAAAUUAAAAGUUAAGUACCUAAAAAUCAAUGUUAAGAAAAUAAUAUUUCAAUAGCAUUUAGCCAUUUUGAAUGAUUUUAAAUUAUAUCUAUACAUUGGUAGUAUUUGGAAGUAUUAUGUAAAUUUUAUUUGAAUAUGUAAUUAUGUAUAUUACUAUUUAUUUAAGUAAAUACAUUACAUUAAAAUACAUUACAUUGCUCUGCAAACUUAAUUAUAAAGUUAAAUUCAACUAACUUUAAUUAAAUCAAAUAUCAAAUUGACAUUCUAAUUAUAUUAAAUUGUCUCAAUAGCUUGUAAAUUCAACUUGUAGCUGAAAUUUUUAUUUAUUCAUUCUUAAUUCUUCACUUAAUAAAAUAAGUAUAGUUUACACUUUCAUUUUUUAAUGUAUAAAGCACAGAUAUAAAUAGAGUACAUAGGUAUAUAUACUGCAUAUGUAUUGUUAGUUUUCUUGGGGGAUUCAAUUAGAAAGAUGUCUGAAAGACUCUGUGGACAGGGGGCUAAUAAUGAAAAAAAAAAAUGUGCCCUAGAAACACCACCAAAUGUAUGUAGAAAGUGCACAAGGAAAGCAAAAGCAGAAAUAGAAAGUAAGCGAAACAUUCAGAAAUUGAAAAGUCCUAUGCUCUCUAUAUAAGACACCGGCACAAAGUUGGACCUUACAGAGCCUAGAGAGCAAGAUUCAGACAGUCCCCCAGCUCAGCCAGGCCAGCAGCAUCUGCAAGGUCCCCAAUGGCCCUGCCCUUUUCCUUCCUGGUGGCCCUGGUGGCUCUCAGCUGCAACUCCAUCUGCUCUCUGGGCUGUGACCUGCCUCACACCCACAGCCUGGUUAACGGGAGGGCCUUGGUGCUCCUGGGACAAAUGAGAAGGAUCACCCCUUUGUUCUGCCUGAAGGACAGCAAGGACUUUGGGUUCCCUCUGGAGGCGUUCAGUGGCAACCAGUUCCAGAAGGCUCAAGCCACUUCUGCCAUCCAUGAGAUGAUCAGGCAGACCUUCCACCUCUUCAGCACAGAGGGAGUGUUUGCUGCUUGGGACAAGACCCUCCUAGACCAACUCUGCAAUGGACUUUAUCAGCAGCUGAGUGAUCUGGAAGCCUGUCUGAUGCAGGAGGUGGGGCUGGAAGAGGCUCCCCUGAUGAGUGAGGACUCCAUCCAGGCUGUGAGAAAAUACUUUGAGAGAAUCACUCUCUACUUGCAGGAGAAGCAGCACAGCCCUUGUGCCUGGGAGAUUGUCAGAGCAGAAAUCAGAAGAUCCUUGUCUUUAUCAGCAAACUUGGAGGAAAGAUUAGGAGCAAGAAAUGACAGCUAAAUCAACAUGGAAAUGAUUCUAACUGGCUAAUGAUAUCACAAUUCUGCAUGUUCUCUCAUGUUAAAGACUCAUUUCUGCUAUAAUUAUGACUUGAUUUCAGUCAAACUUGUCAAAUGUUUUCAAGAGUAUCAAUUGCUAUUGUACUUAACUCUGUGGACACUAGUCUCAUACAGGUGACCAUGCUGAUGGAUCUAUUUAUUUUUAUUUAUUAAACUACAAGAUUUAAAUUAUUUUUUGUUUAUAUAAAUAUUAUGUGUACCUUUACACUGUUAAUAGAAAAAAAUAUAUUCUUUAUAUUUUUUG